CCGUAAACACGUGCAAGUGUGUAAGAAGAGAAGAAGAAACUGGAUCCUUUGAGUGUCUUUCAGAAGCAACUAGAACCGUUUACAGCCGGACGGACUGCGAUUCUGUGAUUAUGUUGGAGCAACUGGGUAUGAUCGGAACCAUCCGGGACGAGGAUCUGAGCCCAGAGGAACCGGACACCGAAUCCGAACCCGAGGAGGAGCCAAUCAUCCUGAACCGUAAGAAGAAAUUUGGAGGUCACAGGUCAACAGACUUUAACUGUGAAUUUGAGUUUGGAGAGAGAGACAAUCUGAACCUGGAUGAUGAUUGGGCCAUGAGUGAUGUCUUAAAGCAGCUCAAGAAAAAGAGAACUGUGACAACUUUGGACCAGAAAAUAGAGAAAAUCAGGAAGAAGAGGAAAGCUGAGGAGAAAUUGUCUCAAAGUUGUGAACCUGAAGGUUCCUCAGAGAUGAAAGAGGAAGAGGAAGGGGAGGAGGACCCUCCUGAGAGAAAGGAGGAGGACGAAGAUGAGGAGGAAGAGGAUGGUGAUGAAGAGGAAUUUGGAUCGAGUGAUGAAGAGGUUCUGACAAAAUCAGACACUCUGAGGGAAAAAGAACGUCGAGGGAAGAAGAAGAUGGAGGAACAGACUCCAGAGGCGUUUUCUGAGGAUGCGUCCCAAUACAACAAUCAGCUGACAUUCGAAGAAAUGAACCUGUCCAGACCCAUCCUCAAGGCCAUCACAGCUUUGGGCUUUAAAGAACCGACUCCAAUCCAAAAGGCAUGUGUUCCAGUGGGUUUACUGGGCAGAGACCUGUGUGCCUGUGCUGCUACUGGAACAGGGAAGACAGCUGCCUUCAUGUUACCUGUGUUGGAGCGUUUGGUUUAUAAACCUAGGACAUCCCAAGUGACCCGGGUCCUAGUUCUGGUUCCUACCAGAGAGCUCGGGAUCCAGGUCCACUCAGUGGCCCGUCAGUUGGCCCAAUUCACCUCCAUCACCACCUGCUUGGCUGUUGGCGGUUUGGACCUGAAGUCGCAGGAGGUGGCUCUAAGGGCGGGGCCAGAUGUUCUGAUAGCAACGCCAGGCCGACUGAUCGACCACCUUCAUAACACGCCAAGCUUCGAGCUGAGUCACAUCGAGAUCCUGAUCCUAGAUGAGGCCGACAGGAUGCUGGAUGAGUACUUUGAAGAACAGAUGAAGGAGAUCAUCAGGCUGUGCUCCUACAACCGGCAGACCAUGCUGUUCUCAGCCACCAUGAGUGAGGAGGUGAAAGAUCUGGCGGCGGUGUCUUUGAAGCAGCCAAUCAGGAUCUUUGUGAACAGUAACACGGAUGUAGCUCCAUUCCUUCGGCAGGAGUUCGUUCGGAUUCGACCGCACCGUGAAGGAGACAGAGAGGCCGUGGUGGCAGCACUGCUGACCCGGACCUUCCAGGACCACGUGAUGUUGUUCACCCAGACCCGGAAACAGGCCCAUAGACUGCACAUCCUGCUGGGCCUGUUGGGGUUAAAAGUGGGAGAGCUGCAUGGAGAACUGAGCCAGAACCAGAGGCUUGAGAACCUCAGGAGGUUUAAGGAUGAACAGAUUGAUAUUUUGGUGGCGACGGAUGUGGCAGCCAGAGGUCUGGACAUCGAUGGAGUGAAAACCGUGAUCAACUUCACCAUGCCACCUACUAUCAAACAUUAUGUCCACCGCGUUGGUCGGACCGCCCGAGCUGGACGUUCUGGACGUUCCGUGUCCCUGGUCGGAGAGUCUGAGAGGAAGAUGUUGAAGGAGGUGGUGAAGUCGGCCAAGAACAGCGUGAAGGCUCGCGUCCUGCCAACAGAGGUCAUCCUGAAGUUCAGAGAUCUGAUCGCCAAACUGGAGAAAGAUAUUGAAGCAGUGAUAAAGAUGGAAAGAGAAGAGAGAGAGAUGGCUGCAUCUGAGGCCAAGCUGAGCGUGGCUCAGAAGCGUCUAGAAGGCUCCGUCUCCUCUAGUGACUCACAGAGAGUUUGGUUUCAGACCCAACAAGAACGCAAACAAAGCCGCAUGUCGAAAGCACUGCAGGAGUUCGAUCUGGCUCUGAGAGGAAAGAAGAAAAGAGAAAAGUUCCUGAAAGACGGAAGGAAGAAGGACCUGACGUCUGAGGAGCGUGCUCAGUUUGAGAUUCUGAAAGCUCAGAUGUUCGCAGAGCGAACUGCCAAGAGAGAGAGACGGGUGAAGAGAGCGAGAGCCAUGCCUGAAGACGACAUGCCACUGAAAGCAGCCAAUCGUAAAGCAGGAAGCAGAGGUAGAAAGUCGGUGUUCGAUGAGGAGCUGACCAACACCAGCAGAAAGUCCCUGAAACACUACAGAGCUGGGCCAUCCCUCCAAGAUAGGAAGCGUCUUGGGUUGGACAGGAAGCGCUCAGGCGGCUCCACGUUUAGGAAGAAGAAGUGAGGCCAAAACAACCAGUACUCCAAGUUCUAUGCUGUUCUGUACCAGAUUUCAAAUAAAGUUUGAGUUUGGAAGUUG